GCUGCUGGCGCUGGGCGCCGCCGGCCUGGCCUACGGGCUCUACGGGCGCUGGCGGCUGGGCCGCCGCGUGGUCACCCCGCACCCGGCGCCGCGCGUCCUGCCCGCCGGCAGCAGCGGCCCCCGCGCCGCGCCCGAGCGCUUCUGGGGCUCCUACCGCCCGCACGUCUACUUCGGCAUGCGGCCCCGCAGCGCGCGCCCGCCCGUGGCAGGCCUCAUGUGGCUGCGGCAGGCGGCGGCGGAGGCCCGGCUGCGCCACACGUGCGAGCAGAGCGACGGGCUGCCCGGCUACGGCUGGCUGCUGCACGACGGGCUGCGCUUUGGGGCACAGGAGAUCCGUGACCGCGGCCUCACGCUGCGCACCGAGUUCGUGAAGCGGCCGGGCGGGGAGCACGGCGGGGACUGGAGCUGGCGGGUCACAGCCUGGCCACAGAGUGCGGGCGACCAGCCCUCCCUCGUCUCCCUGCUCUUCUACGUGGCCACAGACGGGCAGGGGACGCUGCAGCCGCACGUGGAGAACACGCGGUUGGUGUCUGUGACUGGGACAUCGGAGGAACUCGGCCAUUUCAACAUCACCUUCCACAAGCCCACCACAGAGACCGGGGAAGCGCUCGGCUAUGCCAGCUAUAACCACCUGGAUGCCAGGAGCCCGGGCCUGCACCGCCUGACAGACGUGGUGAAGAGCAGCCUCAGCAACCGCUUUGUUUACGCGGCGCCAGGCGGGCCCAAGCGCCGCUACUUCGCUGUGGACACGUACCAGGCGCUGCCUGGGGAGCCGGACCAAGCUCCCCAGAGCCACCUGCUGCUGCACCAGGUGACGCUGGCGCUGCCCUGCCGCGUGGAGGUGACCUUUGAGUCCGGCAGCUUUGCCGAGCGCCCUGGCUCGCUGGUGGGGGCGGUGCUGAGCGAGGAGCUGGCCGGGCACGUGGCUGCCUUCGAGCGGCGCUUCGAGGAGACCUUCUCCCUGGCCCGCAAGGGCUUCACGCCCCAGCAGCAGAGCUUUGCCAAGGCUGCCCUCAGCAACAUGCUGGGUGGGAUGGGCUACUUCCACGGGCACUCCAUCGUGCAGUCUGCGCACAACCAGCACCCCCUGCCCUACCCCGAGGGCCCCCUGUUCACCGCCGUGCCCUCCCGCUCCUUCUUCCCCCGCGGCUUCCUCUGGGACGAGGGCUUCCACCAGCUGCUGCUGGCGCGCUGGGACCCAGCUCUGAGCCGCGAGGUCAUCGCCCACUGGCUGGACCUGAUGAACGUGGAGGGCUGGAUCCCGCGGGAGCAGAUCCUGGACGACGAGGCGCGAGCCAAGGUGCCUCCUGAAUUCAUCCUGCAGCACAACGAGGCUGCCAACCCGCCCACCCUGUUCCUGGUGCUGCAGCAGCUGCUGCGGGAGCCGGGCCAGGGCCCCAAGGAGCUGUCCUACCUGCGGAGGCUCUUCCCCCGCCUGCGCACCUGGUACGAGUGGUACAACACCACGCAGGCGGGGCCGCUGCCCUACACCUUCCGCUGGCGGGGCCGGGACCAGGACACCGACCGCUUCCUCAACCCCAAGACGCUGACCUCCGGGCUGGACGACUACCCUCGCGCAUCGCACCCCUCGCCGGCCGAGCGCCACCUGGACCUGCGCUGCUGGAUGGCCCUGGCCUCGGGGGUCAUGGCCCAGGUGGCCGAGCGGCUGGGCGAGCCGGCUGCUGAGUACCGGCACAUGCAGCAGGCGCUGAGUGACAACGCCCUGCUGGAGGAGCAGCACUGGGCCGAGCAGCUGGGCAUGUUCGCCGACUACGGCAACCACAGCCAGGCCGUGGGGCUGCAGCGCGAGAAGGUGGCUGUGGGGCCGGGGCAGCCCCCCCACCAGCUCCCCGCUCCGCGCCUGGUGCGGGUGGUCCGCAAGCCCCCCAAGCUGCAGUUCGUGGGGGCCCUGGGCUACGUCAGCCUCUUCCCCUUCCUGCUGCAGCUGCUGCGGCCCGACUCGCCCCGCCUGGGCGGCAUCCUGGGGGACAUGCGCAGCGAAGAGAAGCUCUGGAGCCCGUACGGCCUGCGCUCACUCGCCCGCACCAGCCCCCUCUACAUGAAACACAACACGGAGCACGACCCCCCCUACUGGCGGGGCCCCAUCUGGAUCAACAUGAACUACCUGGCGGUGCGGGCGCUGCACCAUUACGCCAGCCUGGAGGGGCCCUACCAGCAGCAGGCAGUUGCGCUCUACCAGGAGCUGCGUGCCAACCUCAUCGCCAACCUGUACCGCCAGUACGCGGCCAGCGGCUACCUGUGGGAGCAGUACAGCGACAGCACGGGCCAGGGCCGGGGCUGCUACCCCUUCACGGGCUGGUCUGCCCUGGUGGUGCUCGUGAUGGCCGAGGAGUAUUAGGGGCCAGGCUGGGAGAAGGGGGUCCCAGCUGCUGGCAAGGGGCACCCCCACCUCUUAGUCUAACCCGCAGCCACCGUUCAGGGCGGGGAGGGGGGCUGAGUGGAGCGGUGGCGCUGCUGCAUUACGGGGAUACCCCACCACUGCCCAGGCCUUGGCCCCUGCUCGUCUUUCUCAGGUGUUUUCAUACGAAUGUUGGGGGGGGGGGGGGGUGGUCUCUAAUUCUUUUAAAGAAUAAAGCUGAGUAGCUCCACCCUCUGCUGCCAUCUUGGGGACACAGCAGCCUGGGAGGGGGUGGACACAGCCAGCCAUUGGGCACUGGGGGGGGGUACAGCUCCCAGCGGGUACUGGGGCCUGGCAGACCACACUGCCUGGAGCUGAGGGGGGCUGCUGGCCACAGCCCUUUCCCCUGCAGCUCCCAUCACAAUCCUGGGGCAUAUUAGGGCUCUGUGGUGCGGCUCCACUGCACGUACCAGGCACCCUGCUCUGGGGGGGAACCCAGCAGCCUCCAGGCUGGGCUGAACCAAGCUUGGGCAGCCGUGGGGAGCAGGCCACAUGCAGUCCCUAUUUCCCACUGGUAGCUGGACCGCCCCCCCGCAGAGCUGCCCUGCUCUCCCCCCCACACACACACAGCUGAGCACCCAAGCAGCAGGGUGUGGGUUUGCCUCUCCCCCCCCCCCCCCCCUUGCAGACACUCACAGGCUGUAAUUCCACAUCUCUUUAAUAAUGAGAACUGUCCCACAGGCUGGGAGCAGAGGCCACGUCUCUCACCGAGGCAGCCCCCACCCACUCCAAGCGCUGGGGUGCCACGGGGGAGGCCUGCUAGCUGCCCCAGGCCAGCCACCCCCCACUCUCCCAGAGAAGCACCUUGGGUGAGGGAGGGGGCACUGGGCAGGAAUAAUCUGAUUCGUGCAAUUCCACCGAAACCCAGUCCCAGUGGGAACUCUACGG